AUGGUCGCCUCACUGGAUCACUAUUUGUUGUCCAGUAGACGUUAUAUAGCCUUGGUGAGUUACCGUAGUUAAUGGGUGGUCCAAAUUUUUCUAUAACUUGUGUAACAUCCAUGGUGCUGCUCUCUUUGUUUCUUUUUCGCGUCCUGACUUUUCGGGUCAUCACAAAAUCGAUCGAUACGGGGCGUAGGGCAGGUGAAUGAAUACACCAAAAAAAUAUAAUGUAGGAAGUGCCUGCAAGGCAUGGCAAGGCCGUUGGAUGGUCGGCGGACGCUCGGCGAAGGCUCGGCGAAGGCUCGGCGGAGACUCUGCAAAGGCUUUCGAUAUGUCCACUCUUUCUAAUUUUAGGUAUUACUGACGUUAAUUUUCUUUACUCUGAGUUAUUGUAACAUAUCAAAAACACAAAAAUUUAUGGCAAAAAACGAAGAUCCCUAACUUUUACCUAGACAUCAUUGAUGUGAGUACAUGUAAAAUACCUCAAAAAGAAGAUAAGCUAUCCUAGAACCCGAUCAAUCUUACAGUGAAGGACCUGAUCCAGUGGCAAAAAACGUACCAUUUUGCAUCCGAGAAGCAUCAAAAAUGUGGCAAAAUGCUUCCCCCUCCAAAGUGAAAGAACUUUGUUUUGAAGGGCUCCCUCACAAAAAGAGCGGACGCGCUUUUGAAAUCGGAGUCACUUGGAGAGGGAAGCAUUUUGCCACAUUUUUGAUACUUCCCGGAUGCAAAAUGAUACUUUUUUUGCAACUGGAUCAGGUCGCCCGCUGUAUUGCUUCUACUAACUAAGCCUUCUCCCAGCCUUUCCAAUGCAUACAACGACGAAGAUCCAUAGUAUCGUCAACCCGAACUGUUGCUGACCCCAAAAGUCGUAGCGCCCUUUCACCUUAUACUAUAUUUUUUUGUAAAUACAUACAGUGUUGCUGUAAAACAGUAUUUUCAGGAUAAAAUGAGCUCCUGCGGUCGUUACUUACUGGUUUUGGCCUUCCUGCUUGUUGAGCCACUUGUUAACGGAGACGUUGCAAGUUCUACUCCAAUAUCAACAAUUCCUCUGGCGGCUACUCAAGGUAAAAAAUAUGAAAAAGUAUAUGCCUACCUCCUUCCCGCAUGUGUUGCAAUAAAAUUGGAUUUAAAUUUACUGGGCAAUCGGAAAUUGCUUCAAGAUUUUUGUGGUUGAAUAUUUUGGCGUUGACAAAUCAGCAAUAACAUACAGUGAUGAACUGGCAAAAAACGUACCAUUUUGCAUCCGGGAAGUAUGAAAAAUGUGGCAAAAUGCCUCAACUUUGUUUUAAAGGGCGCGCCCUUUUUCUUCACAGAAAGAACUUGCGCGCUUUUGAAAUCGGAGAGAUUUUGCCACAUUUUUUUGAUAAUUCCUAGAUGCAAAAUGUUACGUAAAAAACAUUUUUAACACUUGGUGCAAAGUAGUACUACCUGGUACUAUUUAGUACAAGGUGAAAAUUUGGCCGGUAAUGGUGUUGGUUUGGUGCUUAGUACAGCCAAAAACACGUUUUUACCACUUGGUACUAUAUAGUACCAAUUGGUACUAUUUAGUACGAGGUGAAAAUUUUGGCAUAAGGCGGUAAUGGUGUUGGUUUGAUGCUUAGAACAACCCAAAAACACAUUUAUAGCACUUGGCACUAUAUAGUCCUUGAAAUGGACCAAAUUUGCCAAAUCACAUGCCCCACUGCAUAAUUGAUUUUUUCAGAGACCACCGGCACACCAUUCACUACUCCACCAACCACCGAAUCUACCACUCCAAAGCCCUUCACGUCUACUCUUCCGAAUCGAGCCGUACGACUUGUGCUCAAUGGGGUUAUUGAAAUUCAAAAGAGCGAAAAUUGAAGUUUAAUUGUCGUUUUAAAUUGACAAUGUGUCAUCUUUGGCGUCAAUAAAAUAAAUGCAUACACAUAUAGAAAUUGCACAGUGCCCAGCAGAGAUUGCCACGGCUCCGGAGCCGGCUCUUGGCUCCGGCUCUGAGCAGGGAGCCGGAGCCGGAAAUUUUGGGUGCAGCUCCGGCUCCCGUACCCAAAGUCGGAGCCAGACUUCUCAGCGUUCAGAAAAGUAA